AUGCCUCGAGCUACACGUGCGCGCCGUGUGGCUGCACAGUCCGCCAAACCUCAUGCACGAUCACCUUCACCCGACACGCAAGACGAAGAUAAUCGACCUCAACAGAAGAAUAAGUCACCAGAGAGAGGUCGCAGACGAACAACACGAUCUUUAGGUGCUCGUGUUAACACAGCCAACGAAGAAGAUGUUCUUGCUGCGAACCGACGACGCGACGCCGCUCUUGAUAAGCUAGGCAGAGAGAAUCCUACUUCUACGACCAGUCGCACUGCUGAAGAAGUAGAUUCUGGUAGCUCUGUCGAAGGUGGACGACGGACGGCAGCCACACCAGUGCACCGGAGAGACACAUCUGGGCUUGAUUUGGCUGACAGCGUUUUUCUUGACCUCGACGAAAGCUUUGGACUCGGUGAUGAUAGUAAGCACUUGGGACUAGGCUCGAACAACAAUUCGUCUCUCAAUUUUAGCACCUUGGGGCGCAGAUCGCGUCAGUCUAGUAUCAUUGGACGAAACGACCCUCCCAUCCGACCUAGCAGCCGCGGCGGCAACACACCCAGUAUUAGCUCUACACUUCAUUUCGGCGCUUUCAAGCGACGAGCCCGAGAGCCAAGUAUCCUCGGAACUGCACGAAAGCCGCGACCAGAAGAAAAUGCAGUGGGCCAGGAGCCGGACUCGGAGAGUGAGGACGACUUUGCACCUGAAGCUGAAUCCACACCUGUUAACAACAGACGGAGGACACAACCCGAAGCCGAGCUCGAAAUUGGAGUUCCAGUAUCUCCAGACGUUUCCGCAGGACCGAAGCAUAGGAAACGAAAGAGUGAAGACGCGCUCCUAAGCAGCGAACGACCGGAGAAGAUGUUGCGGAUUGAGAGAGAUGUGGAACUAUCUGAGGAUGAAGCUGGACCUGCGCCUAUCGACUCUGAUGCUGAGAGUACCUCUUCACUAUCAGAUCUCGGGUCUCCUCUGGGACCUUCCCCCCUCCUCCGCGAACGGCCUGUUACUCCAAUCGAUAACGAUGAGCUCAUGGCCCUUCCAGCUAGUAGUGAUUCAGAAGACGCAAAUUGGCCUGAUAUUCAUACCCUGGCCAAGAGACGUCGACGACCCUCUAUCACAACACCAGUUCGCGCCGACAACUUCUCCGAUGUUUCCUCCCCUCCUUCUUUAACACAUUCUCCUAAUUAUGCUGAAACCCAAAAGGCUCGGGGCCGGGCUGUAACCCGGCGUCAACAGCCUGCAACCAAAGUCACAACUGCCGAUCUGACGAGCCUGCUUCCAAAACGCCAGUACAAGAAGCAGCGGGACGCUAGGCUGGAGAGUGACGAAGAACAUGACACAUCUGGCAUCGGCGAGGAUGAGGACGAGCUUUCAUAUGUUGCCGGCCGAGGGACACGCCAAAGACGAGGCGGGCGAUCGACAAGUCGUGGCGGCGCAAAACGGCCAGGUUCGAGGGGUGGGCGCGCAACACAGGCUCUGAAGUCUAAGCAAACCGAUUCUGGCAAACAAGCAGCGCGCAAUGCGCAAACAUACUCACGUCGCUCUUCAGACAAGGAGAAUGAGAACGAAGCCAAUGAUGAAGAGGAUGAGCAAGAUAAUAGUCACUUCCAACCACUCCCUGAUGAUACCUUUGAGGGUGGAAGUGCUGAGAACGCAAGCACGCCGUCUGCAGACGAGCUCAGACAGGCAGCAAAGAAGUUUAAGGAAGUUGACAGAUGGGAACUCGACUUUGAAGAGGUAACACAGAGCUCUUCCCCGCUCGCGCGAUGA